AUGUUUAUGCUCCGCAACGUGAGCAAGUUCAUUUUCGGCGACGCCUCAAAAGAAUCUAUCAUCGAGAUUCCUCAGGGCGAGCUGUAUCUGGUCAGGCCGCAGUCACCCAAGGGUUACUCCGAGCUUAUCUUCAAGGACGCCGCAGCGACAAUCCGACGCACGGGCCAGGAUUUCCAGUAUCAGCUCGUGAUCCAGAGAGCCUACGAAGAAGGCGAGGAGGAACUGGCAGAUGACGACGGUGAACAAGGCUCCGGCGACAGCAUCGACAAGGACGAAAAGGUUUUCUUGCUCGACCAAACUAUCCACUUCCGCUCCGAGCUUCGUGAAGGAGGAGCCAAGAUCCUGGCCUGGGACGAUCUGAGUGGGGACCCUGGUGAUCUCUUCGAAUUCAUCUGUGAUUCCUCAGUUCCAUCGGACAAGGUAGCCACAUUCGAACUUGCCGCUCUCCAGUGCCAAUACGAGCGCAAGCACCGCCGCAGCGCCCAAAAGGCCACAGAAUCAGAACUGGAAGAGUUCUCUUACAACGCAGAAGAGCCUCUUCCCUCCGCGAGCCCUAUCUCGUCACCAAUUACCAAAUCACGCGGAAACUCCGUAUCGGCAGAAGAAUCCACCGCUGCCAUGGCGCGAGACGUCGAAUAUGCCCAAGCCAAAGGGCAGAUCAAGACCGCCAGUGCCGAAGAAGAGCCCACGGCUGCCCCGCCCUCUGCUGCCCAACCCGAAGCAAAGGAGAUUCUAACAAAGGAGCGUGCAGAGCUGCAUCUCUUUGACUUCUCUACUGGAACUUUCGUGCAACAGGAGUCAGAUGUUAUUGCCACUGUCUCAGAAGUUGGAAACUGGCAGUACUGGCUCCAGAUCUCAGGCGAGGAGAAGGAAUGGUUAGGACAGGCUGUUGUUGCUGAUAUCAACCCUGUAUUCAACUUUGAAUACCUUUCCUUCAUCUUCAACGCGUUCGGCGAGGAUGGCUCAGCUUACUCAUGGCUUCUGCGUUUCAGAGAUCAACCCUCGGAAGAACGUUUCCAGGAGGGUCUGAUGCAGGCUCUAUGGGAACAGCUGAAUGAAAUGAAGUGGACCAAGGUCAAGGAUAAUGACCGAGACUACGUUCUAGAUGCUUUCCAAGACCUUACAAUGGAGGAUGCCGAGGAUCAACCAGAGGAAGAAGCCGAGGAGGAAGAGGAAGAACCCGAAGAGGAGUAUGACGGCGACCAGGAUGACGCACAGCGGAGUGAACACUACGACAGUGAUGAGGAGGAGGAAGAUGUUGUGACCCGUGACGCCGAUGGAAAUGUCAACUCCCAGCUGGCAGUUGGCUACAAGCACGAUCGCUCGUUUGUGGUCCGUGGUUCCAAGAUUGGUGUCUUCAAGCAUACCCCACACAACAACCUCGAGUUCUCUACCACCAUUUCCAAGGUUCAGACUCCCAAGGGUAACCUUUUCAGCCCCAAGAAAGUUAUGCUUCACGCCGAGGAUCAGAACAUGAUUCUCCAAAACGGCGAUGACCCCAACUCUUUGUUCAAGAUGGAUCUUGAGUACGGCAAGAUUGUCGAUGAAUGGAAGGUUCAUGACGAUAUCGGAGUUGAGACAUUUGCACCCGAAAACAAAUUCGCGCAAAUGACCUCUGCCCAGCCGUUCGUUGGUGUCUCCAAGAACGCCCUUUACCGCAUCGAUCCUCGUCUUUCGGGUAACAAGCUCGUCGACUCCGACUUGAAGCAGUACGCUAGCAAGAACGACUUCUCUGCAAUGGCUACCACCGAGAAGGGCUAUCUCGCCGUCGCCUCGAACAAGGGUGACAUUCGUAUGUUCGACCGUCUGGGUAUCAAUGCCAAGACUCACAUUCCUGCCCUCGGUGAACCUAUCAUCGGUCUUGAUGUGUCUGCCGAUGGACGCUGGGUAUUGGCAACCUGCCGUACCUACUUGCUGCUCAUCGACUCCUUGCAGAAAGAAGGCAAGAACGAAGGCAAGCUCGGAUUUGAGCGUGCUUUCGCCAAGGACUCGAAGCCCCAGCCUCGCCGUCUUGGUCUGCAACCCGCCCACGUUGCGCAAUUCCAGCACGAGACCAAGCAGCCUCUUUCAUUCACACAGGCUCGCUUCAACACCGGUGUUGACUCCACUGAGACCAGUAUCGUCACCGCUACCGGUCCCUUCAUCAUCACCUGGAGCAUGAAGAAGGUUCUGGCGAACCGCAAAGACCCUUACACCAUCAAGCGCUACGAACAAAACGUUAUGGCUGACAACUUCCGCUUUGGAUCCGACAAGAACGUUAUUGUUGCGCUGCCCAAUGAAGUCAACAUGGUCGCAAAGCGUACUUUCCAGAAGCCCACCCGUGAAAGCAUUGCUGGUCCCGCUACCCCCAACCGUGCACGGAGCGGAUGGAGCAGCCGCCUCGGCAGGGAUGACGUUGUCAACUCGCCUUACUAG